AUUCAAAAAAUAAUAACAAGAUUGCAUGGAGGUUUGACCGAGUCUGAAGGACGGUGUUUGAGUUUGAGCCGAAAGAUAGGAUAGAAAAAAACAAAAAAAGCAGCAAAAUUGGAAGCUAACAAUUCCCAUCUGUUGCCGUCGAAAAGCAUGAGCGUGUCCCAUUAUAUCCCCUCUCUCUAGCUCUCUCUCUGGGCGGCGACAUGGUGCAGGGCAUGGCCAGCAACCGCAACGGCCACGCGCAGACCUCCCGCAAGGUCCUGGUGGUCGCCGACCCCACGCGCGAGUCCGCUGGCGCCCUCCAGUACGCCCUCUCCCACGCCGUGGUGGAGCAGGACGAGCUCAUCCUCCUCCACGUCGAUAACCCCACCUCCUGGCGCAACACCAUCUCCACCUUCCUCAAGAUGCCCUCCCUCGGCUCCUCCGCCACCGCCUCCCUCGACCUCGCCCCCCCUCCCCCCGACGGCGACGGCGUCGACUUUCUUGAGGAGAUGAAGCUCGCCUGCCGUGCCUCCCAGCCCAAUAUGAAGGUCCACGCCUUGAGGGUCGACACCGAUGGCCGUGACAGGGCCUCCACCAUCCUCUCCCACAGCAAAAGCCAUGGCGUUGAGCUCAUCAUCAUUGGCCAGAAGCGCAGCAUUUCCUCUGCCCUGUUGGGCUACAAGCGCCCUUCUGGUGCCUCCAUGAAAGGCAUCAAAGCCAUUGACACCGCUGAGUUUCUCAUUCAGAACAGCUUCUGCACCUGCGUUAGCGUUCAGAGGAAAGGUCAAAAUGGUGGCUUUGUUCUCAAUUCUAAAACCCACCGAAAUUUCUGGCUCUUGGCCUAAUACAUUUCUCAUCAUUUUCCCUAUUUUUAGAUUUAGGACUCACUUUUAGAUAGCCAUCAUAUAUCUAUCAUGCAUCACCCACUUGCAUGCGCAUUAACUUUUUCUAAAAUCAACCUCUGCGUCGCAUAAUCAUUUGAGUGCUUAUGAUUAUUCAUGUCUAUCUGAAGAUUAUUCUAGAUUUACUGAAAUUGGUAAUAUUUCCCAUCUUUGUUUUACCAAUGGUGAGAAACACAUGGAUGUUAUCCCGGUGGGACUUGUAUCUUUCAAGUGUGACAUUUUUUGAGAUUAUCUGGAAACUACCCAUCAUAGUUCUAAUUUCUGAAGGACAAAUUUUGUUCAAUUA